UGGUAUGGCCGAUGGAAAGCAGGGCUGGACGGCCCUGUUGAUGCUCAUCUGCGUGUGCAUCACCGUGGGCAGCGUCAUUCCCAUCGGCUAUGCAUUUGGCGUGGUAAAUGCUCCAUCUGUGUUCAUCAGAUCGUGGAUAAUGGAGUCGGCUCUAACCCGGUAUUCAUCGCGGCUGGGUGAUUCUCAGAUAACUAUAAUGAUGUCGGCUGUGGUCUCCAUAUUCCUAAUUGGCGGCAUGAUGGGGACCCCAUUUGCCCCCCUAUUUAAUGCCCGCUUAGGACGUCGAGGAAUUCUGACGCUCAGUGGAUUACUAAUGCUGGUGUCCUGCAUCUGUCAGCUCUUCUGCCGGAUGGCCAACUCCAUCGAGAUGCUGCUGCUGGGUCGUCUGAUCGCAGGACUGGCUGCCGCUCUGAUCUACGCCACCCAGCCCAUGUACUUGGUGGAGUUGGCCCCAGUGGAACUAAGUGGCAGUGUGGGUGUCUUUACCUGCAUUGGGAUCACCGGAGGAAUCGUUUUGGGUCAAAUUUUUAGCUUUGAUUUUUUUCUCGGAACUGAGAGUCUAUGGCCUUAUGCUCUGGGCGCUUCAGGAAUAUUUGUGAUAGUAGGAUUGGCACCCAUUUUUUGGUUCCCGGAGAGUCCUCGCUUCCUAAUGUCACAGGGCAAGAAGGAAAAGGCCAGAGUGGCUCUAAUGCGUCUACGGAGGGAUGAAGGACGAGUAAAUGCGGAGAUGGCGGAGUUUGAAGUCGCGUCCGAGGCGACGACUCAAAAGGUGACCUUAAGGCAAGUCCUAGGCAACAGUAAGUUCAAGAUGCCACUGAUCAUCGUAAGCUCCUUUCAUUUCGUCCAGCAGAUGAGCGGCAUCAGUGCGAUUUGGUUUUAUUCUGUGAAUAUUUUCACCCAUGCUGGAUUCUCUACGAAGGUUGCUUUAUGGCUUAACUUCACUUUAGGAUGCGAGAAUUUAUUAAUCGCCCUUUCGGGUCCCUUGUUGAUGAGGAGGUUUGACAGACGCCUACUGAUGAUGCUCUCGUGCCUUUUGUCCGCCAUCUUCUUGGCCCUGCUGAUCGUUGGUCUACAACUUAUGUUAUCCAUUCAGGAGUUUUCAAUUGGAUGCAUUGUCUUCCUGUCUCUGUAUAUCGCUGCUUUUAACCUGGGUCUGGGGCCCAUUCCAUAUUUCAUUGGAUCAGAGAUUUUCGAAUCACCGCCGCGUCCUUCAGCAAUGGCCUUUGGAAGUUUUUUCAACUGGCUUGCUAACUUUCUCCUCAACAUGGUCUUUCCCACCUUGAACUCGGCCAUAGGACCAUAUGCUUUUCUUAUAUGUGUCGUGUUCUGCAUUUAUGGGUUUUUUCUGACCUGUCGGUAUCUGCCGGAAACGAGAAGCCGCGAUCCCAAGGAUGUGGCACCGCUGAUGGAGAAUGGCUUUAAGUCCAAGAUUAAAUAGGCCUUGUAAAUAUUUUUAUAUGUUUUCGGUCAAUUUUCAUAAAUUUAAAAU